CUCCGAGACAUAAAAAGCGCGCGAGUUCAUUCAACUUCAACUGAGUAGGACAUAAACAAUUUUAUUCGUCCGAAAAAGAUAUUCUACAGUAUUAUAAAUCACGACGUAGGACUUUAGGAAAGGAAUUGCUGUUUUUUAAAGGUUUUCCGAGCGAUAAAUUCGAGAAAUGAAGGACUCGGUCCAACAUGGCGGACAUGUACAGGAAGACUCCUUUCAAAUGGAAAUUGUUUCAACGCAUAAACUGAACCAUAAUUUUAACACUUUGUCGGUUGGGAAGCCGUUUAGAUACCCAGAUUUUUGUUUAAUAACAGGUGGUGAUGAUGGAACAAUCAGAGUCUAUACUACUAUUAAGGAUCUUCAAUCACAGAACUUUCAGGAAAUUUCUAAACUUGAAAGCAAAGGAGGACCAGUACAAUGCCUUCACCUCCACAAUGUGACUAAGUUUGGCUCCACAGAUCUGAUAAUUGGUGAUUCCAAAGGAAUGCUUACAAUAUUCAGCAAUGAACAGAUACUGAAUCGAAGAGUCUUGUCUCAUGGCAGUAUAACUGCACUAACUGUUGAUGAAGACUUUGCUGGGAACUUAGCUAUAGUCGUGGGUGAUGAUGAAGGUACGGUUACUGCAGUUUCACCCUAUGGCAGUCUGUGGAAGCUCAGACUACAGGAUGCUUGUAAACAGAUGCACAAGCAAUUGGGAUUGUCCACUUCAGUCAAGUGCAUGUUAUCUGUGCGACUACCAACAAGCAGUGGAGCACCUGCUAACUACCUCCUUGUAGCAGAUAACUGCAAAAACCUCUUCAUUUUACAAAAUGGAAUGGUUGUCUUCAAACUACAGGUAACAUCUGUUGUGACUGCUAUGUCUCCUGGAUAUUUCAUUCCUAUCAUUCCCCAGCUCUUUUCACCUUCUCAAUCUUUUGGGAGUCCUUGGCAACAGAGCAUCACAUCCAGCCGACAGCCUCAGGUAGCCAUAGCAACUGAAGGAGGAAGUAUAUACAUAUUGAGUAAUUUUCAGCUGCAACCUUAUGCUAGUGUUCAGUUGCCGGUGACCCAUUUGGCUACCUUUCCAGGUGAUGGGCAUGCAAAUGGCACUGAUUUCUUGCUGUGUGCUGGACAUUUUAAUGCUUUGAUGGUGUUUCAACAGCAGGAACUUGUUAAAAAACUUGAUACAAAGGAAUGGCUUCAUUCUGUUUUGUGCACCAACAUCAAUAAUGAGAAAGAAAUAGUACUUGGGAUGAUGGACAAUACUGUUAUGACUUAUAAAGUUGCAUUACCAUCUUAUUGAAUAAAGAACACUCACUUCA